UACACUCUUUUGAAUACACGUUCUUAAACAUACAUUCUUUCACCACGCUCUUUUACACCUACCUAUUUGUUUACUUGUAAUUCAUUGAAUAGCCUCCACUUGAGCGCUUACCUACAUAUAUUCUUUUUCCUUGUAGCCUUUUCUUGGAGUUGAAACUUCUGCAGGUGCUUAAUAUAUCAUUCCAUACCUAGCAGUACAUGUACUGGCUGGCUCACAGACUUCGAUUCCAACCCCUUGCAAGCUCCCGCUGUCAAAAAAAGAAUCAAACUUCGUCCAUAAAGCGUUGAGAUUUGAGGGUUGGACUGCGGCGUGGAGGGACCGUACGGAGGGAUAGGAAUAAGGAUAAGAGGGGUCGAAAUCAAGAUUUGUAUCCUGGUCGUUUCGUGCGAAGACGAGGAAUAUAUAUUUAUAGCGGUCUUGCAAUUGGUACUUUUAUCCCACCCUUUCGAUUUCACAAACGAGUAUUCGGAGCCAAGGUACUCGGAUACGUCAUUUUCUUGUUUUUGAAGGUGUGAUAGGAUAGGAUACUUGGGUGUACGAUACCUAGGAUACACACUUGGUGAUUUGGUGGAGGGGUAGUUUUGGAGGGCUGAAGAGGGAUUUGGAUGAUUGAUUGAACGGCUUUUCUGAGUGUUAUUGAAGGGUUCCUGCUCCACUGUCUGUUUACCUGGGAGAUUUCGUCUGGGGUUUAUUUACUUGACUGGUCGUCGGCUUUUCUCCAUAAUUGCAACUUUGAACUCUGACUUGGAAAAUUGGACCUGGGAAGUUUGGUCUUGGUUUAAAAGGGAUUGAGUGAUUGGUAUUGAAACGAUUUGUUUGGGAAGUUUCUGACCAACCAUAUCCAUUCACAUCAGAUCGGAGGAGAAUAAUCAUAUCAAACGAGACCAACCAGGCCAAUUCAACCAAGUCGAAGAAAUCUUGCUUCAUCUUACCCACGAUAUCAAGGAAUAAUCCGUGGCGAUCCAGGAUCCUCGAUUCUAUUAUACCUUUACCUUCCUCUGGCUUGUUUUUGUUUGUUUUGAUACUUUGCUUUCUUUUUCUACGAACUUGUGUUGAGAUACAAAUUUACGGAUGUGAAUAAGAGUUACGACUUUACGAAUUGAACGACAACAUAUUUUGAGGACGAAUUCAUAAUGAAGUGCGAAAAAGCACAGGACAGGAUGAGUUCUACCAAAUCGCAUCGAUCGCGAAAAUCCUCCUCAAUGUCCAGAAAACUCCUGGCUGCUAGCAUCUGUCUUGCUAUACUUCCUAUUGCAGAUGCUCAUACAUACUAUCGCAAUAGAGCUACCUGGAAACCAAAUUGGGACCCCAAUCGACCUGUUCGAAAAGGUCCGCCUAAGAAGAGAGAUGGAGCAAUUCCACUGGUAAUAACCAACAUGUGUCCUGAAACGAUAUGGCCUGGAAUUGGUACUCAAGCAGGAACUGGUGCUGGAGUCGGAGGAUUUCCACUUAAAACUGGAGAGAGUAAGUCCUUGACAGUCAGUGCCGAUUGGCAAGGAAGAAUUUGGGGACGCACCAAUUGUAGUUUUGCGGUUGGAGGUGGUGGAGCUAGUAACGCUGCCGGAAAUGAUGGUUCUGGUUCUGCUUGUGUUACUGGUGAUUGUGGUGGUCUCUUGGAUUGUUCUAUCACUGGAGAGACUCCUGUUACUCUAGCGGAGUUUGAUUUGGCGGGAAAUGGAGGUUCUCAGACUUUCUACGAUAUUUCUCUAGUGGAUGGCUACAAUAUCCCUAUGGGAGUUGUGUAUAUUCCUGGUGAAAAUGCCGCACUCCAGGCCAUUCCACCGAAUCUUGUAAAUGCCGCUUGUAUCGCCUCAACCGGUUAUCUCGCGCCCCCGGCUACCACAGGUACAAAUGGCAACUCCUCAAAUUCCACUUACCCCAUUCCAUUAGAGAGCACAGUUACCAACGACGCAGCUAUGAGUUGGUGUCCAUGGAAUCUUCAAAAAACUCCACCUGACAAACCAGGUGAUGGCGUCUACCCUUACCCGGACGACAAGAUCCAGCGUCCGACAUUCGAUCCUUGUCUUUCCGCCUGUGCUAAAGAUAACAAGGCGUCGGAUUGUUGCACAGGUGCUUAUGAUCAACCUCAACUAUGUCCUCGCAAUGAUUUUGCAAAUGCGGCAAAUACCAUCUGUCCAGAUGCAUAUGGUUAUCCGUUUGAUGAUCAAACUUCCACGUUCGUUAUUCCUACGGGAGGUGGAUGGGAAAUUGUGUUUUGUCCAAUAGGAAGGAGUACGAAUAUUUUGAAGGUAUUAGGGGAUCAGAUGAGGAAAAUAGCUAGUGCGGGGAAAGUCACAAAGGAUAUUAUUGAGGCCGCGAUGAACGAGACGUAUAUUAAUGAAAUGGCGGUUAAGAGUACGGCGGGAGAGGGAUUGUCGGAGAAAGCGAAAUUGGGGAGCUGGGGGGCGUUGGUGGGAGUACUGGUUUGGGGAAUUUGGUUGUGUUGAUAUUUUGAUAAUGGAAGGGGGGCGGAUAGAUUGGGUUAGAUUGGAUUGGAUGAUUGGACGGGAGGAUGGAGAAUGCAUGUUUUGUGGCGUUGAGAUACCCUUAUUAUUGUGUAUUGGAUUUUUAUUUGCUUUCGUCUGGUGGAUGGAUGGUAUGGUAUAAGAUGAGAUAAGAUGAGAAGAGAAGAGAAGAUGAGAUGAGAUGAAUGACGUACCUGAGUUUUCUUAUGAUACCUUUACCUAUUAGAUACCAUUAUGUUACUGCAAGUUUAUAACUUGGAACAUGUGAAACUUCUUAGUGAAAUUGAGCACCAGAGUAUAGAUUCAGAUGAAAUGUCAAGCUAGAAGAAGAAGAAGACUAAAUGUAAAAGGCAGCCCUGAGACC